AUGUCUGGACCGUCGCGAGGAACUUCAGCAAAGUUAGUGGAUCAACCGUCACCGCCAAUGUCUGGACCGUCAUGGACAGUUGUUAGCCUCAAGCAAUUCAUAACUUCACCGCCAAUGUCUGGACC